AACACUGAGAUACCUCAAAGACUCAGAACUGAACAAGAGCUCCAGCAAAGACGUCCACCGUAGACUGACUUGACCUGGGAUUAACCAGAGGAUUGUGACGAAGAUAAAGAUGAAUUCAGAAGAUGCUCCCACAACAGAGACCAACUCCUUGCAUCCGAAUAGAGGACAACCAAGUAAUGCCACCGGGCCUCAUUUUGCAACACAUCAUGAAGGGUCCCUUCAAGUUCCUAUCCCAUGUGCUGUGGUGAAUGUGGUCUUCAUCACUGUUUUAAUCAUAGCUCUCAUUGCUUUAUCAGUGGGCCAGUACAACUGUCCAGGCCAAUAUGUGCCCUCAGUGCCAUCCAACAUGCAUGUUUCUUCAUGCCCAGAUGAUUGGAUAGGAUACCAGACGAAAUGCUAUUUUAUUUCCAAGAAAACAAAGAACUGGACCUUGGCCCAAAGCUUCUGCUCCAAACACCACGGUGCUACCCUUGCUCUCCUAGAGUCUAAAGAGGACAUGGUCUUUUUAAAACAACAUGUGGGGAGAGCUGAACACUGGAUUGGGCUGAAAAAUGAAGAUGGCCAGACUUGGAAAUGGUCAAAUGGCAAAGAAUAUAACAACUGGUUCAAACUUACAGGAUCCAAGAACUGUCCAUUUCUGAAUAGCACCGAGGUCAGCAGCAUGGAAUGUGAAAAGAAUUUACACUGGAUAUGUAGUAAAUCCUCCAUAUAAAGAGGAUUCCUAUCUGUUUAUAGACGAUUCUAUCGUGGAACUCAAAGAAAUGUGUGUGGCGAGUGCUGCUCUGUGGUCAGAAGUUUUCCAUAAAGACUUUGUGGAAAAAAACAAACAAACAACUUUGUAUUAUUUUGGAAACUCUCUUCCAAAUAAGACUGUGGAAAAAAGGGGGAAAAAUUCCAGGAAUAUCUACAUUAUGGAAUCCUCCUGCCAUGAGCUGAAAAAGUCACAGGUUGACUGAUAAUUUUGUCCAAGAAUGAGAAGAACGACUUCAAGCUUAUGAAUGCACUUUAUAUUUUUUAAAUUCAGAAAUAAUAAAAUAACGAGGUUAAGAGUUAUUAUUUAUUGUUGAAUGACUAUGAACAAUGAGUGUCCCUCAUGCAGCUGCACGAUAUGAAGGAGUUAAAUGAUGAUGGUAUGAAAAACUGAAUGUAGACAAAGGAUAUUUUAACCAGGAACACAGAUAUUUAGUCUAGAUGCCUUUUCUUUAACUCAGAGAACAUUUGUAAGGAGGCAAAUGCUUACGAAACGAAGCUUUGUAAUAUUUCUCUCUUUUUAAAGAAGUGUCUCAAGUUACUUUGUCACUUCCUCCCCCAAAGAAUGGGAUGAUCCUGUAUGUAUGUUGUUUAUUUUUUUACUUCUUCAUUGUAGACUUGUCUUUUUCGAUGGUACAUGGUUCACUGCCUUAUAAACAGUGUUUUAUAGAGAUAAAGACAAAAAGCAAAGAAUAGGAAGAAUAUUUGUAAAACAGAUAAAAGUGUUGGAAAAUGUGCAAUAUGAGAUGUGGCAAAUCUGUAACAGGAAAAAGUCUGUAUUGUUCAAAUCUAGAAAAAUUCUAGUUCUAUCCAAUUAUAAAUUAGUGCCUUUCCCGAUCAAUUCUAUCAUGUGCAAUACUUCAUGUAAAGUAUUUUCUAAGUGCAAUAAAGUGUUUUUGUUUGUCUUUGUACUCAGUGCAAUUAUAAGCUGCUUUUAUGUAUGUUAAAAUAAAACAAACAACAAAA